UCUCCGCGGCUGAAUCCGCCUCCGAGGCCCCGAGAGCCGGACACCGCCCCGGAGAGAGACCCGGUGAGACCCGGUGGACCGGAGGGACGUCCAGAGACCGGCACGAGGGAGAGGAGCGGGAGGAGGAGGAAGAGGAGGCUCGCUUCGUUCCGUGUUCGUGUCGGGUCGUAUCGAGGAGGAAGAGCAAGAGGAGGAGGAGGAGGAGGAGAGAGAUGCUGUCACGUUUUAGAAAACAAAAGCUCGAGGACACAUGAGGAAGUGAGACAAGAGGAUCUGUCACAUCUGGAAUCACGUUGGAUGAGAUCAUCUGGAUCCAGAGGAAGAUACAUCCGGACUGAUGCAGGCUCCUCUUCAUCAUCUGCAGCUUCCUCUUCAUCAUCUGCAGCCUCCUCUUCAUCUUCUGCAGCCUCCUCUUCAUCAUCUUCAUCAGCCUCUGAGCCAGGCUCUUAUCAGCUCUCAUCCUGAACUCUUCUUUUAAAUCUCUGCGCAGAAAAUACUCUUCAUCUGAUUCAAGUUUUUUUAAAUAUCGGAAACAUUGAACUGGUUUGAAUUGUCUUCACGUCAGAUUGAAGAUUAAACUCUGAGAUCGUAGCUGGAGCCUCGAUCAUCCGCCGCUAGAUUAAAACACCGAUGACAGGAUUUACCGAUCUGAAGCCUCAGUUUCACAUCGUGUCCAGCGCCAUCUUGGUUUUCUGUCACCAGAAGUAACCAUAUUUGGAAGCUCAGGGGCGGAGCCUGACUGAGCUCGAGCACACGCCCACCUGCUCCAGCCACCUUUAUGGUCUCUUUGUCUCUAGCUAUGUUAUUUUAGAGAAAACAGGAUUUGCUUUCCCCAGUCUACGUAUAUAUUUGUAUUUACCGUUGGUUCUCUGGACAAAGUCUGACUGACCCACGACCAGCUCUCGGUUCCAGUCGACUUCCCUCCUGGUCCCCGUCACGUGUUGUGAUGCUGGACGUCGUGAAGAUGAAGGAGUCGUGUCGUAUCUGCGCCCGCGAGCUCUGUGGCAACCAACGCCGCUGGAUUUUCCACCCGGCCGCCAAACUCAACCUGCAGGUGCUGCUGUCCCACGCCGUGGGCCGCGAGCUGAGCCGGGACGGCCGGGGGGAGUUCGCCUGCUCCAAGUGCGCCUUCAUGCUGGACCGCAUGUACCGCUUCGACACGGUGGUCGCCCGGGUGGAGGCGCUGUCCCUGGAGCGCCUCCACAAGCUGCUGCUGGAGAAAGAUCGUCUGCGGCACUGCAUCGGAGGCUUGUACCGGAAGAACAACGCAGAGGACGGGAGCGUGGCCCCAUCGGCAGGGACGGGUGGGGGGGUCGUUGAUACAGAGGCGGGGUCUGAAGACGUCCCUGUGGUGGAUCUAUCAGUCCUGCAGGACGUGAGAUACUCGGACAUGAUUCAGGACGAUCUGACGUUCUCCGUCUAUGAGUCAUGGGCUGAUAAGGGGGACCCUGCCCUGGACCAGCCCCACCACGUCCACCAUGUCCACCACUGCACCGCAGGAGACGCCCUGUCUGGCCAGAAGCCGAGGAGAUGCAGGGGUUGUGCGGCGCUCCGAGUGGCAGAUUCGGACUAUGAGGCGGUGUGUAAGGUUCCUCGCCGGCUCGGGCGAAGGAGCACAUCCUGUGGGCCGUCUACCCGCUACUCCACCAGCGCUGAAGGAGUCCAGGACCCCAUCAGAUCCUCUGAAGAGUCUGCAUCCAUGACCCUGGCAUUAGAGUCUACAUCUCCUUCAGCUGCGUUAGACUCUGAUAAGACCACGUUCGAUCAGACGGGUCCCAGUCCAGCGUCCUCUGUGGAAUCUCUGGACACGGCUGUGGAAGUGAGCGGCCCUCUUCCAAAUCACAAAGGGAGGGACGACAUGGAGCUGGAGAGAGAUCCAGAGGAGGCCCCAGGCCGACGGGACACUCCAUGGGACAACCCCCUGAGUGAGAGCUCCCUCUCUGGGCUGGACAUGAUGCUGUGCCUCCUGAGAGGCUGGGAGUACCGACCAGUGAGGACCCAACGGGGGAGCAAGCUCCCAGUACUCGUCAAAGCCAAACUGGAGAAGAGCCCCUCACUGCAUCCGUCCAUCUCACUGAGGUCCCCCUGCAGGGGGGCGGGGGACAGUGACCUGUACCCCCACCAACCAAUACCAGAGGUCGUGACCUCGUGCCCGGAGCAGGACCUGCAGGCGGAGCUGGCGGAGCUGGAGGAGCAGUGGUUGGAUGAAUAUGUUCAGUGCAGGCCGUUCCGCUUCCAGCAGCGGCUGACCGAUGAGCAGCAGGAUCAGCUGAGUCACUACGAGAGCGCCGCCGGUCAGUGUGUGGGCGAGCUGCAGAAGAACCAGGACCAGGUCCACUCGCUGCAGGUCCAGGUCCGAGAGAGCGAGGCCCGGAACCAGAAGCUGCAACUGCGUCUCGGUGAGAUGGAGCUGGAACUGAGGUCAACUCGAGAGGAGGCUCAGAGGAAGGAGAGAAACAUCCAGAACAUCAGUGACAACUUCAGCUCCAAGGAGGCAGAGACUGCAGACCUGUACCUGGUGAUUGAGGAGCAGAAGAAGAUGCUGAGUUCUCUUAAAGAUCUCACCAACCACCAGCAGCUUCAGGCGUCGGGGGGGCAGAGUGUUGGAGGUCAGGGGGAGGUUCUGUCUCUGCAGGCCUCGCUCUUCCAGGCUCAGCUGGAGCUUCAGGCUGGAGAGCGAGCGCAGCAGCAGGCGUCCAGAACCCAGGAGGACCUGACCCGGGCCCUGCAGAGGCUGGAGACCGACCUGCAGGGGGCGCUGCAGCACAGGAGGGAUGCUGAGCAGCACAACCAGGAGCUGCAGUCGGUUCUGGACAAGGCUCGAUCGGCCCUGAAGGAGAGAGAGGAGCAGCUGAGGGAGGGCGAGCAAGAGAGGGAGAGCGAGAGGGAGGAGAGAGAGAAGACCAUCACACAGCUGACCACAUCGCUUCAGACCAAAGAUCAGCUGCUGGAGGAGUACUGGGAGCUGCUGGACGACCAGUCCAACCAGAGGAGAGACGCUCAGCUGCACAAGCUCCGGCAGCGAGUCAGAGAACGAGAUCGAGCUCUGGAGCGAGCGGUGGACGAGAGGUUCCGCUGUGUGGAGGAGAAGGAGGAGGAGUCUCGCCGUCUCCGACUGCUCCUCAGAGAGAAGGAGAGAGACCUGGAGAGACAACGCUGCGUCCUGGACAACAACGAGGAGACCAUCACUAGCCUGGAGCUGCUGCUGCGUGGUAAAGCCGUGGAGCUGCAGCAGGUGGUGGACGCCUGGAGGAACGUUCAGCGGCAGCGGCAGGAGAGUGAGGAGCUGCAGAGCUGGUCCCUGAGGGAGAGAGACGCCAUCAUCAGGCAGCUGCAGGGGGCGCUGCUCGCCCGGACGCAGGAGGCGCAGGACCUGCGCUGCCCCCUGCUGGCUCAGGUCCAUUCGGCUCCCAGCGACGUUCUGGAGGAGCUGAAGCUCCGCCUCCAGCUCAAAGACCGCCUCUUCCAGGAAGUUCUGUCCGAUCGGACCCGUCAGGCCCAGGAGCACCAGGACCAGGUCCAGGGUCUGCUCACGUCCAUCGGCUCCAGGGACCAGUACAUCCAGGACACGGCCCUGCAGCUCGGGGACGUGAUGACCGAGCAGACCUCCAGACUCCAGGAGCUCCGCAGACAGCUGAGCUCCGGAUCCGGGUGGAGGUCCGACUCCCGAACCGACUCGGCCCUGGAGCUGCAGGCGGCGCAGGAGGAGCUGCGUCUGGCGCUGAGGAGGGAGAAGGAGAACCAGGAGCUGAGCAGGAGUCAGACAUCGAGGCUGGACGCCCUCAGCAGGACGCUGCUGGUGAAGGAGGAGCUCAUCAGGGACCUCCAGAGGCAGAUGGUAGAACCUUCAGAUCUCCAGCUGGUCGAGCGCCUGACGCAGGAGGUCCAGGAGCUGAGGGAGAGCCUGGUCCAGCGGGACGGCGCCGCCCUGCAGAGGCAGCCUGAGUUUGGAGAACCGAGUUCAGACGAUGAAGACGAUGAUGAGAACAGCGAGGAAGAGGAGAGCGUUGAUGAAGAGGAGGCUGAACUGAGGCUCCAGACGCUGAGCACCAAGUGCUCCCUGUCUGAACAGCUGUGUGCCGGUCCGGUGAAGGAGGGUCAGGGCCUGACGGAGGUGAAGCAGCUGGUGGAGCAGAAGAGGGCGGUGGAGAGGGAGCUGACGGAGCUGAAGGCUCAGCUGGAGAAGAGCGGCUUCUCCUCGCUCUCACACAUGAGGAAAGCUCUGCUGAGCCUCCAGGCACAGAACCAGGAUUUAAACCAUCGGCUGCAGGCGGACGGUCCACACCACCAGGAGGAGGAGGCGGAGGAGGAGGAGGAGGAGCUGGAUGUGACCAUUGGAGAGGAGGAGGAGGAAGAGGAGGAGGAAGAGGAGGGCUCAGAGAUGUGGGAGGCCUGGGACAGUGACUUGUCUCUGUCUCACACCGACGUCCAGACCAGGGACGAGCCGAGGCCGGACGGAGCCUCCAGAUCAAAGCGUCCUCAGCAGCUCAGCUCCGUCUCUCAGUGUGUCCAGGCCGAGCUGCGUCCCAGCAUGCACCUGGGCGGUGCUGCCGCCCCUGAGCGGACGGAGCAGACGCUUCUCCUGCAGCAGAGGAGCAAGGAGCUGAGGGAGCGGCUGAUGGUGUCGGAGGCCACGGUGAAGGCUCAGGCCGAGCAGCUCAAAGACUUCAGGGAGCUGCUCACGGAGACGGCGGUGCAGCAGGACAGUAAGCAGAUCCAGGUGGACCUGCAGGACCUGGGCUACGAGACGUGUGGCCGCAGCGAGAACGAGGCGGAGAGGGAAGACACCAGCAGCCCAGAGUUCGAUGACCUGGAAAUGUGCACGUCUCUGGACUGUGGCUCCCAGUGGUGGCCCACCACCACCCCCACCACCACCACCACCACCACCAGCAGCUCUACCUUCACCAAACCCACCACCCAGAUCCCCGGCUCGGAGGAGGCGUCCUCUCUCCAGCGCCUGGUGGAGGACCUCCGCUCGCAGCUGUCCCGCUCGCAGGCCGUGAUCCGCGGCCUCCAGCACCGCCUCCGCUCCCUCUCCACCUCCGGAGACGACCCCCCCACAACGCCCCGCAAGGUCAACUGGUGCUUCCAGGCCUCGCCCUCGCACAGCGGCACGGAGGACGACGAGGGCUGGCAGUCGUCUGACGGGGGGGCGCUGGCCUCCCCUCGUCAGCCCCACCCAGACAAGGGCCUCCAGCAGCUGGAGUCCAGAGUGGACGCUCUGGAGAACCAGCUGAAGAAAGGAGGGAAGACGUCCAUCGAGCAGGACGGGAAGUCUGCCACCUGGCCGGGGAAGUUCGACUCUCUGAUCCAGACUCAGGCCCGAGAGCUGUCUCACCUGCGCCAGCGGCAGAGGGAGGGGCGUGGCCUGUGCAGCAUCCUGACCCAGCACCUGGGCGACACCACCAAGGCCUUCGAGGAGCUGCUGAGGGCCAACGACAUCGACUACUACCAGGGCCAGAGCUUCAGGGAGCAGCUGGCUCAGAGCAGCGCUCUGGCACAAAGAGUCGGAGCCAAGAUCAGCGGACGAGAUCAGCCUGAAGAUCCAGAUGAGAAGACGGAGCUGCUCGCCAUCCGACUCAGUAAGGAGCUGCAGCAGAAAGAUAAGAUCAUCGAGUCUCUUCGCUCCAAACUGAACCAGCAUCUUCAUCAUCAUCAUCAUCAUCACUCUCAUCGCUCUGACACGCCCGGCAGCAGCCACGCCCUCUCCGACACCUCCGACCAAUCGGAUCGCAUCUCCUACGUGUCCGAUGAGCAUGGAUCCACGAACGGGGACCUGGAUCUCUGCUCGGACGGGGACGCUGCCAGUGAGCUGGGUCAGGAGGACACGUCCAGCCGAGUCGUCCCAGACUCUCACAGUAGCACCGUGUCCCACCACCCGUCUGUCCCUCCAUCCAUCGCCUCAUCCCACAGAACCCAGUCCUGCCUCAGCUGUCCCAGCAUGCAUUGCCCCAGCUCGCCACACAGAGCUGUGGACAUGCAGAGUCAGACAGCUCCAGCUUCAGUCUUCACCUCCGCCCCACUGUUUCCUCCCCCUGUUUCCUCCGCACCCUUACCUGUUCCUCCUCCCGCCUCCACCCUGCGACCCCGUGUCCCCGGCGGGGGGGGAGCAGGCUUCACGCUGGCUGAGGUGCACCAGGAGCUGCAGAUGUUACAGAGGCAGCUGGGAGCCAGUGAGAGAUUUUCCACUCCUCAGUCCAAACCUCUCCAGGGUUUCCCGUUCGCCCACCAGGGGGCGGACGCCUCAGGCUUCCUGCCGCUCUCGCUCCACGGCUACCAGCCGUCUCCAUUCAGCAGCAGCCUGGACGCCAGUUUAGCAAUGAAAGCCGGGGCCAGUCUGCUGGAGAGCAGUGCAUUGUGGGAUACGACCUACAGUACCCGACCGGCGAGACUCGGAGCCGACCUGUCGUCAGGAUCCUCAGGGUACCAGUCGGGCACCAGCCACACAGGGGCGGAGCUGAUGAAGGAGCACCUGAGAGAAGUGAGGAGUCUGAGGCAGAGACUGGAGGACUCCAUCCACACCAACGACCGCCUCCGCCAGCAGCUGGAGGACAGACUGGCCCGCGCCUCCACGGAGAAAGGUGCCCCUACCAACAUCUACAUCCAGGGUCUGGACUCGGUCGGUCAGCUCUCCUCUGAGAUCCGACUCCUGAAGGAGGAGAACGUCCGUCUGCAGAACCAGCUGAAGCAGAACACUGCAGACGGCUGUAAGGAGGCAGAUCAGCUGAGGGAGGCGGCGCUCCUGGACCGGGCCAGACUGAAGGAGGCGGAGCUGGCUGUGGAUAAGUGGGCGGAGCAAAGCAGGAAGCUGCAAGCUGAAGCUGAAGCUCACGACCGAGAAAACACACAACUGAGAGAAGAGAGAGAGAGGAGACAGGAAACCAUCAACAGGCUCCAGCAGCAGGUGGACGUCCUCCAGCAGCAGCUGAGGGACGGACACAGUUUGGUCCAGACUCUGCAGAGCGAGCUGCAGCUGCGUCUCAGAGGGGGCGGAGUCUCCACCAACACACACUCAGGUCAGGUCGGGGACAGCCUCACCUUUGACCCCAGGGAGCUGCACGUUCAGCUGGAGCAGCAGCUGAGUGGACAACCUGGAGCCCGGAGGCUGCUCUUCAGUGACAAUGUCCCGUCUCCUCCUGUGAGAGACACUGGACUCGUCGGUCCGUCCUCUCCUCUUCAUGCUGGACAGACACGUGCUGAGAACACUGGAGAUCAUGCCGCCUCGACCCCCACGUCCCAGACACCGGACGGUUCCUUCUCCAGCCGUCAUGGCCGCCAUGCCGUCGGCCACAUGGAUGACUUCACGGCUCUGCAGCAGCAGAUCCUGGACGGCGGCACGCUGCUCCGCAGGAUGGAGGCCGCCCUCCGGUCCCUGCUGGUCCCAGCCCUGCAGGACCCUCGUCAGCCUUCAGACUCGGGAUCGGUGAGGAAGCUGCUGGCGGACUCUAGGACCCUGCGACAGGUCCUGGAGGAGGCCGACGCUCUGCUGCACAUGUUCUGGAGGGCCGCUCUACCGAACCCCGAGGAACCCAAACAGGAUCAGUCUCUGAAAGACGAGGUGGUCUCUCUCCGUCUGAAGCUCUCGGAACAGGAGCAGGCUCUCAAGGACGCCAUGGAGAGAGUGAAGAGCUCCAACCGCACCAAAGACAACAUGGAGACACUCAUAAUCAGCCAGAUGUCGAGAACACGGGACGUUUUGAGGAAAGCCAAGACGAACCUACAGGAGAACCAGCUCAGGAUUUCCUCUCUUCGCCAAAUUUCUUCCUCCAUACCUCCUCCUUCCUCCUCUUCCUCCCUUUAUUCUUCCUUCUCCUCCUCCUCCUCUUCCUCACGCCCCUGGCCUGUUAAAGGUGAAAACCCACGAGGCUUCUGGGAGCUCGCCCUCUCUCCUGGUCGCAGUGUCAUGAUGAAGUCUCCAGCUUCCUCCUCUUCCUCCUCUGGGGUUCUGGGACCUGCUCCCCCCCACCAGCGCCCCCUGCAGGCAGCCUUCCUGUAGUGCACCAGCCCAGAGUUCCUUCCUGCUCACACAGAAGAUUCUGUCUCUCAGUGACUGGGGAACAUUUCAGUGAUGGACGACAUGUUGUUGGAUGUUUGUUUGGUUUCUGACGACAGUUUCUGAAUGUGAACGAUCAUCAUAGUUUUAUUAUUGUUUUAACUUGUUGAGGACAAAGUCGACUGAAGUGUUUGAGUUCUGAACGGACUCAUUUAGUCCUUGUGCGUUUUCUCUAAUGUGUGAAACACUGUCAGGAACUUGAACUUCAAAAACCAUCAUUAGAAAGAAAAAAUCUAGUUUUUCAAACCUGAAGCUUCUGAUCAGAAUCUGACGGCAGCAGGAGGUCGAGACUCAACCAAACUGCAAAGUGCUUCCUCUCAGCUUCUGGUGAAGCUUGUGUUUAAUGUAGAGCCGUGCACGUGCAUGUGCACGUGCUGUGAGCAGCUUGUGGAAACUAAGCCAUACUUUGUUAUUCUUUUGUCCUCAUCAUACUGAGAAUGUCAUCAAAUGGCCAAACUACUGAUAUAAGUGACUCAGAAUAUCCUGCAGACAUUUAGUUUUUUUUCUUUUAGUGACAAAUAAAACAAAAGUAAGACUUUAUUUCUUGUUAUCCUCAAACUUGAGAGAAUCACUGUUGAAUAUUGAAUCUGAAGAUAGAUUUCAAAAGGGUCCAACCCAGAGACACGGAGCUGCAGGUGAGAGACGUGUCUGAUGAGCAGCAUCUUUAAUAACCUGUAAAUAAUCAAGCACAUGUGCAGACUCAGCAGUUUGUACGAUGCCUUCAGGGACCUGUCGGACAAUCAGUAAAACACAGAGAGAAUCUAAUCUUUAGUGCACGGCCCAAAAAACAUGAUAUGGCUUUUUUAUAAAUGGACCAUGCUGUUAUCUCUUUUUAUUUUAUUAGCCUUUAGGAGUUUUAAUUUUAGCUAAAUUUGUGAAUAUUCUUUUAGAUGACAAUCACAUCCAAAUAAAUCUUGAAGCUUGUUAAUAUUCUUUCUUCCGACCUUUUGCAGACGCUGACGCUCACUGUGCAACUGAGCUUCUCUGAAAUUGGGCAUUUGACCCUUUUUCUAAAACGUUUAUUUCAAUUUUGUUAUUUUCUUAUUAGAUUUCUUUGUAGAUGAACUGACCGGUUUCUUUUUGUGCAUGAACUGUGGCUCGAAUGCCCUCGAAUACUUUUACUGAAAUAUGCAAUUUCUGGGUUUCUGUGCAAUAUUAGCCUCUGUGUUUGCUUUUCGUUGCUGUUUUACUUCUGGGUUUUAAAGUGCCAUGUCGUCUGUUUCCAGCUGAUUUAAACAAACAGACAGUUUCAUGAUCCUCACAUUUCUGCUUUCAUAUGAAUUAGAUUUAACUCCAACAUGAAAAAGGCAAAGAAACAGCAGAAGAAAACAGUGUUGUGGUUUAUUUGUGGAACCAGAGUUUUAAAUAUUCUCUUGUGUGAUUUAUCACAGGUCAAAGGUCACAUUUGAAAGUGUCUUUGUGGUUUUAGGAACCACAUCUUGUGUGUGUGUAUAUAUGAAAGUAUGUGUACAUCGAUGCAGCUGUUUGUUUUUUGUUGCUGUGAGAGAUGAGAUUGUCUUUGAAUAAAGACCAGCUGAAUUUUAUGCAUGUUCUCUUUAAUAAAAAUGUUUUGGGUUAAAAAGAAACAUCCUUUUCAAUAAAAGGGAAGAAAACAACA